UUCGUACACAUAGGUAAGUAAAACUCUUUUACUAUAAAUAUAGUGCCUAUCUUUAUAUUAAAAUUUGGGAUUUUUUUGCCUACGCUAUAACAUAAUAGAAUAGUUUAAAACCUCUUUUCUAAAUAAGUCAUUAUUGUGUUAUUACUGUUAUUUACAGAAAAAGAUGUUUUCGCAAGAGCAGUAGUAUUGAUUCUAAAGAAGGUGAAGCCAUAUCAUUAUCGUCAGAUGAUAGUGUGAGGUCUGAAAAUGUAAUGACACCCAUCGAUAGGCCAGUUAGACGGGUUAGACCACUUAACAGGGAAAUUAAUUCUACUGCUGCGUCUACUGGAAUAACUUCUGACGAUGAAACUCAAGAAGUGCCCCAAGAAGUGGUUAUGGAAGUUGAAGUAAACACAAGUGCCCCUCCUCCCCAAUCUUCAUAUAGAGUUUUAGAUAUUGAAAACCUGGAGAUAAUUCCAUCCCCUGUAUCAUCGCCACUACCGAUAUCAUCAUCAGAGGUUGAUGAGUCGUUGGCCAAUCAAAAUCAGCUAUUGGAACAUGGAUAUGCCAAAGAGGAGCGCCAAGGUCGCAAUUUUCCCAUCAAUUUCGCAGCUUCCAUUUCCACUGCAUCCUCAUCAUCAUCAUCAUCGAGGACUGACAUAUCAAGAUUGUCUAAGUUAAUUAAUGGAAAUAAAAAUAACAGCAGGCAAAAGAAGGAAAAAAAAAAACAAAAAACCUAAGUUCCUUUGUUGACAAAAUGAAUCAAAAAGAAAAAGAAGAGGCAAAUAUAUCUUUGGCAAAAUUUUUUUUUGGGUGUAAUAUUCCGUUCAGUGUUGUGGAAAGUGACCAUUUCAAGAAUUUUUUAAAACUUUUACGUCCGGCAUACAAUCCGCCUA